GAGCAGCCCCGGGCGAUAGCAGCGCGGCGGUUCAUUUCGCAGGUGGCGAGGCGUUUGGAGCUGGCUCAGCAUGUGGUGCGGGAGCCCAGCCGCAGUGGUGGCCUUUUGCGCCGGGCUUUGGGUCUCUAACCCGGGGCGGGCGCAGGGCCAGGAGGCCGGGGGGCGGCUGGGCGCCGACUGUGAAGUGUGUCAAGAAUUCUUGAACCGAUUCUACAACUCCUUGAUAGCCAGAGGAGUCAACUUUUCUCUGGACACCAUAGAAAAAGAAUUGAUCAGCUUUUGCUUGGAUGUCAAAGGAAAAGAAAACCGCCUGUGCUACUAUCUAGGAGCAACAAAAGAUGCGGCCACAAAGAUCCUAAGUGAGGUCACUCGCCCAAUGAGUGUGCACAUGCCUGCAGUGAAGAUUUGCGAGAAGCUGAAGAGGAUGGACAGUCAGAUCUGUGAGCUGAAAUACGAAAAAAAAUUGGAUUUGGCAUCAGUGGACCUGUCCAAGAUGAGAGUAGCAGAGCUGAAACAGAUACUGUACAGCUGGGGAGAAGAAUGCAGGGCCUGUGCGGAAAAAACCGACUAUGUGAAUCUCAUCAAAGAACUGGCACCCAAGUACACAGCGACGUACCCCAAAACAGAACUCUGACCCCCGGAAGCUGGUGUACCACUGAUUGUAAUUAGAGACAAAAUGCCUCUCUAGGAUAUGGACGCGUUUGUUGAGAGGAACCAGGAAUUGCAAUGUGUGUGGUCUCAGACUUGUUUUGAUAUUACACCUCAGAAUUGGUUACCUGGGUUUAUAAGUAGAACUGCUAGUAUUAGUGGUUUCUUAAAUCUGCAGUGUACCAAAACCUACAA